AAAAUGUAUUUGUUCGCCAUCUUGACUGCUUAUUUACUUUUCAAUAGUUAUUCUUUAUGACUUAUGUUCUGACUUUGUUCCUGUACUUUUUAGGUUAAUAUUUCUUUAAAUAAACUUAUUAGUGUUAGAAACAGUUUAAAGAUAAAAUGCCACGUGGCGGUAGAAGAAGUGCUGGUCGGUCGCCAUCUCCAAGACCAGCGCCUGAAAGAAGAAGAGCACCCAGUCCACCACCUCCACAACAAACUCGGGCACCAGCCCAUCCGCCACCUACACAAAUGGCACCGCCGGCCGCACAGGGGCCAGGAUUAAUGGGACAAAUGGCUGCUACAGCUGGAGGUGUUGCUAUUGGAAGUGUGGUAGGACAUGGAGUUUCAAGUGCCUUGUUUGGAGGCGGGAGUAGAGACAGUGGGUCCGAUGUUACAUAUCAAGAACCACCACCUCAGCAGCAGCCACAACAAUAUAACCAGCAGCAGAAUGUUUGUGGUUAUGAGCUUGAUCAAUUUCUCCAGUGUGCUCAUAAUAACCCGGAUAUAACCUUGUGUGAGGGAUUCAAUGAUGCUCUCAAACAAUGCAAAGCAAGAUAUAAUCAAUAUGUCUGACCGGAGGACUUUUUACGUUCAUUGAAAUGUAUGUUAAAUUAUUUUGUCACAGUAAUUUUUUUCCCAUUUCUAUUUGAGUGUAAUCUAAAACCACCCAUGUUGUGGAUGCCAAUUGCGUAACAUAGGGCAUUGUGUUCUUUUUAGCUUUAUGGUGCUUGCCAAAUUGUUGUAACCUCCAGGUAUCCAUUGAAAUAAAACUUAAGUACUGGCA